CCCAGCUUCCGGUGAAAGGGGAGAAGUGUCUGACACGAUUACUCUGACCAGGCCCAUCGUUACUCACCCGUAGAUAGCCGAACGGGUUUUUUGAUAAUAGCGAUGGGCUUGUAAUCGUCAACAAGUCACCUAAUCAACUUUUUUUUUUUGAGAUAAUAGGAGACGUCGCCGCGGACGCCGCUUUGAGCAGGCUACGCACCGUCAGAGCUACAGGUUUAAACGUUACCCGCGACUGUCAGCCAGCUAGUUAGCCAGCUAAAGUCGUAGCUAGCUUUUCGCCAACCAAGCACCUCUAAAUUAGAUCCUGGUGUCUGUUUCAAGAUGUCAACUGCGGGGUUUAAUUCUCAGAACGGGACUGGGACAGGGCAGACAUACGCAAAUGGUCCAUCACAGAAUCCUGUUGCCCUCCAGCAGCUACCAGGGGUUAGUUAUGGGAUGACUAAUCAACCACCAUACAAUCCAGUGCAGGCCAAAGCUCCUGCACCCCCUGGCCCUGGACUUUACCCAGCUGGGCUAUACCAGCCUAUUCCCCCAGUUAGCUCAUAUCAGCCAGGCCCACCACCCACCUCCUACCCAUCCUCUGCAGGCCAGCCACUGUUGCCCAGGCCUCCAAUGGGAGGUCAUCCAUCACAUACCCCUCCUCAGUCUGCCAGCCCCAGUCCUGGUCCUAGGAUGCCAAUGCCUCCUGCACAGGCAACACCACCUCCUCCUGCUGUGUCUUCUAGUAGCUACUACCCCAACCCUCAGCAGCCCAUGACUCCAGCAUGGCAGUACAACACACCUACACCACCACUGCGGCCAGCAACCUCCAUUAGUGCGGCUCCAAUGGGCCCUGUGGCAAAUCAUGUGAAUCCAGCUGCAACCUUAGCAGGGCCAUCACUGCCGUCAUCAGCAUCUUACAGCUCAGCAGCACCACCACCACCUCCCAACAUGUCUUACAGCACCACCCAACCCCCGGGCCCAGGAAUGCCUCCCACCUCUCUGCACGGCUAUACACAGCCAGGUGUGGCACCUCCACCAAUGAAUCCCAUGGCGCCCCAUACAUACCAAGGCCAGUCGAACAGGCCUGCUUAUGGGCCUCCACCUACAGGUCCACCACCUACAGGUCCAACACCUGCAGGCCCACCACCAACAAUGAAACCCACACCGCUUCCCACUGGACCUCCAGUGGCUAAUGCCACACCUCCACCACCUAAAGCAGAUGCUCAGUGUGGGGGCGUUGUUAACAGCACUCUUUCCCCCACUGAGCCCGACAGCCAGGAGGGAGAUAUUGAAUGUCCAGGAGCUGUGGCUGGCAAUGGCCCGCAAGCAUCAAACAGCUAUAAUCAUCUUGACAACAAAAUGGCUGGCCCGACUCAGCCUGGACCACCCGGUCGGCACUUGGGCCACUACCCUUCGCUCCCUCCUGGGUACCAGAACACCUCAGCUCCCCACGCCACCCCUCCCAUCCACCCUGCGAUGCAAGCCGCCACGCAGCCUUACACUCAAGCACCUCAGCCAUAUCACCAGCCACCUGGUGGCCCGGGGCCGGCUCAGCUAAGCCCAUCAUUAGCAGCUAUGAGCCUCCAGUCCAGCACCCCGGAGGCCCUGAGAGUGGUCAACCUCCUGCAAGAGAGGAACCUGCUGCCACCGGCUCCAGUCCCUGCCCCGACUCCCUGCCUCACCCAGGACCUGCAGAAACUCAACUGCAGCCCAGAAGUUUUUCGCUCUACACUGACCAGCAUCCCUCAGACCCAGUCUCUGCUCAAUAAAGCCAAGAUGCCACUGGGCUUGCUGCUUCACCCAUUCAAAGACCUCUCGCAGCUUCCUGUUGUGACAUCCAGCACGAUUGUUAGGUGUCGGUUCUGCAGAACCUACAUCAAUCCCUUUGUCUCUUUCCUGGACCAGAGAAGGUGGAAGUGCAACCUUUGCUAUCGGGUUAAUGAUGUUCCAGAGGAGUUCAUGUACAACCCUGUCAGCAAAUCAUAUGGAGAACCACACAAAAGACCUGAGGUCCAGAAUGCCACCAUUGAGUUCAUUGCUCCUUCAGAAUACAUGCUGAGGCCACCCCAGCCUGCUGUUUACCUCUUCGUUCUGGACGUUUCCCACAAUGCAGUGGAGACAGGCUACCUAAACGUGUUCUGUCAGUCACUGCUGGACAACAUCAAUUCACUUCCUGGAGACUCACGGACUAAGGUAGGCUUCAUCACCUUUGACAGCACCAUCCACUUCUACAACCUCCAGGAAGGACUUUCCCAGCCUCAGAUGCUAAUCGUGUCUGACAUAGAAGAUAUCUUUUUACCAACACCAGACAGCCUUCUAGUAAACCUCAAUGAAUGCAAAGAGCUUGUGCAGGAUCUGUUGAAGAGCCUGCCAAAUUUAUUUGAGAAGACGAUGGAGACGCAGUCUGCCCUGGGUUCAGCUCUGCAAGCAGCCUUUAAGUUGUUGUCCCCCACUGGAGGGCGCAUGUCAGUGUUUCAGACGCAGCUGCCUAACCUCGGUGUUGGGGCACUGCAGUCGAGAGAGGACCCCAACCAGCGGGCAUCUGCCAAGGAUAUCCAGCACUUAGCGCCGGCGACAGACUUCUACAAGAAGCUGGCUCUGGACUGUUCCAGCCAGCAGGUGGCUGUAGACCUGUUCCUGCUCAGCGCUCAGUACUGUGACCUGGCAUCUCUUGGAUGCAUAUCCAGAUAUUCAGCAGGGAGCGUUUACUACUACCCAUCCUACCACCACCAGCAUAACCCAGCUCAGGUUGAGCGCUUCCAGAAGGAUCUGAAGAGAAAUUUAACCAGGAAAAUUGGCUUUGAGGCUGUCAUGAGGAUACGCUGCACCAAAGGUCUGUCCAUCCACACGUUCCACGGAAACUUCUUUGUGCGCUCCACAGAUUUGUUGUCCCUCCCCAACGUCAACCCAGACGCUGGCUUCGCAGUUCAGAUGUCCAUCGAGGAAAACCUUGAUGACAUGCAGGUUGUCUCUUUCCAGGCUGCACUGCUUUACACCUCCAGCAAAGGAGAGAGGAGGAUCCGCGUGCACACUUUGUGUCUCCCUGUGGUUAAUUCUCUGUCAGAUAUCUUUGCUGGGGCUGAUGUUCAAGCCAUCACUGGGCUGUUGGCUUGCAUGGCUGUGGACCGUUCGGUGACGGCAAGUCUGAGCGAUGCAAGAGACGCAAUGACCAACGCUGCUAUCGACUCGCUGAUGUCUUACCGGCAGUCUGUGUUGACAAUCCAGCAGCCUGGCCUGCUGGUUCCGGCCUGCCUCAGACUCUUCCCGCUCUACAUUCUUGCGCUGCUCAAACAGAAAGCCUUCAGGACAGGCACCAGCACCAGGCUGGAUGACCGGGUGUUUGCCAUGCUUCAGCUGAAGUACCAGCCACUGGCCUACGCCAUGCUGAUGAUCCAUCCUGCUCUGUACCGUGUCGACGACCUGACUGACGAGGGAGCAUUAAACAUCAACGAGCGGACCAUCCCUCAGCCCAGACUGCUGCAGCUGUCUGUGGAGAAGCUCAGCAGGGAGGGAGCUUUCCUCAUGGAUGCUGGAAAUGUGAUGUAUCUGUGGAUUGGACGAAACUGCCACUCCAACUUCCUCACACAGGUCCUAGGAGUUCCAAACUACGCUGCUGUGCCUGAUAAUCUGUAUUUGCUCCCGGAACUGGACACCGCAGAGUCUCAGAGAACCAGAGCUUUCAUUGGUUGGCUGAGAGAUCAGAGGCCAUUCUUCCCCUCCCUGCAUAUCAUCAGGGACGAGAGCCAGCUGAAAGCCAGCUUUAUGCAAAACAUGAUCGAGGACCGAACAGAGUCGGCCCUGUCGUACUAUGAGUUCCUCCUUCACCUCCAACAGCAAAUCUCCAAAUAAUCUUCAGUGUGGCUGCGGAGACGAGGGAACAUUGAAGCGAACAUGUGCGUCAGUGUACGUGUGCGAGUAUAUAUGUAUAUGGUGUGAGAGUGUGUAUGCGUGUGAGUGAGACCACACUCGAGGUCGCUUCUUGGUCCUUCUUCAGCUGUGGUCCACCAUAUCUCUGAGGGGGGGGGGAAACCCGAGCUGAACUUAACACGAGGCAUCAGCCCAAUCAAGUCAUGUGACGAGGAUGUGACAAAUAAUUGGUUCUGAUGCUUAUUGGGCACUUUUGAACCCUGCUGAAGAAACAAGAAAUCCAGGAUGAUUAUUGUGUCAAUGAUCGAAUGAAUCAGUGUUUAUUCUCACAGAACAAUGCUGUCUAACUGAGGUAGUGCUCAGAAACAGUGCAGGAAAACAGAUGUGUGAAGUGUUUGUGUUUAGAAAAAGCACAGUCUUUAUUAAUACGAGUCAAACAUAUGUACGUACGCUUAAGACUAGUUUAUAAGACAGGAAGGAACCGGCAAAAAGACUGUUUUGUUUUUUGGGUGUCACCUGGAGUAUUUGUACACACAGCAGCUGAGCUCUAACAACACUCUAAUAUUGUACCUGAAGGAGAGAGCGUGUGCUUUUUAUUUGACAGUCAUUAUACUUGUGUGUUGAACAAAUCUGUAGACUCUGUUGUUUGAAAGCCUGAAUUUUAAAGGUGUUUGAAGGCAGAUCAGCCUCGUUGCCGUCGCUGCCUCGAAUGUUUGGAUUUGGCAGCGGAAGGUGGUUUCAUCGGUCUGAUCUGUCGCUCAUCUUUUCGCUCUUUCUCUCUGGACAUUCAGAACACCUCUGACGACAUUGCUGUUCUGUUUGUUUGUUUCUUUUUCUGAUUGUUUAAUUUAUGAGACUCCCAAUCUGAUUAAAUUCUAUAAUUGCCUUG